UAUUAUUUGUAUCUUCAAGUGAUAGUCUAACAUUGUUUUUCCUUCUAUUCUCAGGCAGGGCUCGGCAUACACAAUGGGUUCCCUCAGCACAACAAAUGUUGAAUUUUGCCUUGAUGUGUUCAAAGAGCUGAAUAGUAACAACGUAGGAGAAAACAUUUUCUUUUCCCCUCUGAGUCUGCUUUAUGCCCUGAGUAUGAUUCUCCUUGGUGCCAGAAGAAACAGUGCAGAGCAAAUGGAAAAGGUGCUUCACUUUAAUCAUGUUGUAGAAUCAUUAAAUCCAGAGUUUAAGGACUCAUCUAAGUGUAGCCAAGCUGGAAGAAUUCAUUCAGAGUUGGGAGCCUUAUUCUCUCAAAUCAAGCAGUCAAACUCUAACUAUACCCUCAGCAUUGCCAACAGACUUUAUGGGACAAAGAUGAUGGCAUUCCAUCAGCAAUAUUUAACCUGUUCUGAGAAAUUGUAUCAAGCCCAGCUGCAAACUGUUGAUUUUGAACACGCCCCGGAAGAAACAAGGAAAACCAUUAAUGCUUGGGUUGAAAGUAAAACCAAUGGAAAAAUCAUGAACCUCCUUGAAAAGGGCACAAUUGACCCUUCUUCUGUAAUGGUCUUGGUGAAUGCCAUAUAUUUCAAAGGACAGUGGCAAAAUAAAUUUCAGGAAAGAAAAACAAUUAAAACCCCUUUUCAGCUAAGUGAGGGAAAAAGCGUGAUUGUGGAAAUGAUGUGUCAAACUGGCAUAUUUAAACUGGCUUCCAUAAAGAAACCGCAGAUACAGGUGCUUGAGCUGCCCUUUGUCAACAACAGACUCAGCAUGAUCAUUCUGCUUCCAGUAGGCACAGCUAAACUAGAACAGAUUGAAAAACAGCUGAACCUGAAGACAUUUCAGGAAUGGACCAGUUCUUCCAAUAUGCUGGAAAAAGAAGUUGAAGUUCAUAUUCCCCGAUUCAAACUUGAAAUCAAGUAUGAGCUAAAUUCUCUGUUGAAAUCACUAGGGAUGACAGAUAUCUUUGACCCGAUCAAAGCUGAUCUUUCUGGUAUGUCAUCAGCCAAGAACCUGUAUUUAUCAAAGGUCAUACACAAAUCAUAUGUGGAUGUCAACGAGGAGGGUACUGAGGCUGCGGCUGCCACUGGGGACAUCAUAGUAGUAAAAAGAUUCCCCAUCCGAACUCAGUUCAUGGCCAAUCGCCCCUUUCUCUUCUUCAUAAGGCACAUUCAUACGAACAUGAUUCUUUUUUGUGGCAAGCUUGCCUCUCCAUAAACAAAUGGGGUUGGGCAAGGCUCAGAGUCACAGAGGAGGUGCAGGGGCAAAGAGCCAAACAACCAAUUUAUUCUCAUUUGAACCUCACAUAUCUGUGCCUCAGUUUGCUCAUCUGAAAAAUGGGUCUAGGAUCUCCUCUGACUUAUUCUAUAAAUUGGUGAACUCUAGAUUAUGGUAACCGUGGGAAAAGGUACAUUUACUCAAAAGGCUUUUGUGGCUUUCUCAUAUUGGGGCCUCAUCUGAGGACGCUCUCGGUGACAUGAUCAAGGCAAUCAAAAAAAAGUUUAAAGGAUAAUAGUUUCUUGACGCAUAUAUGUCAGUGAGAUCUUGAAUAAGCAAUCCAGUCUGCCUUCAGAAGGCCAGGUUGAAAGUUUCCACUUUAGAUGGAUUAAAAAAAAAAUCAUUAUUUUGUUUUUAUAUGUAAAUAUAACAUCUUGAAUUUUAGUUCAAAAUUCUGUAUCGACUAUAAUAAAUGUAUGAAAUUCCUUAAUCUCUUUGAAGGUUUUUAAUGCAUGUAUAAAAGGAGACUUUGAAUAAAAAAAAAGCCUAAUUUGGUGACUUCGUCUCACAUACUUUUCACAUGUUAUCAGGAGAGACCAGUCCCUGAAGAAGGACAUCAUACUUGGUAGAGGGUCAGUGAAGACGAAGACCCUCAAUGAGAUGGAUUGACACAGUGGCUGCA